UUUUUUUAUGGCCUUGGACGUAAAAAAUUCUCACGGAUAUUUUAAAGGUUCUGAAUUUAUUGGGAUUUUUAUUAUUUUAAAUUACAGGUUACAAGGUACAAGUUUUCCGAAAAGGAAUUACUAAUGAACUUGGAGGAUUUUGCACAACCUCAGGGGAACAUGAACCCUAUUGAAUGGAAGUCCAUCAGUAGAGCCAGUAGAUUGUAAUGGUUAGGGCGCUUAGGUUAUGGACCUAGAUUAAGGCACACAAAACCCCAAAUCAAGUAUUUUCUUCCAAGAGGGUUUGUAAUUCCAUUUGUGCCUACAUGGAUAAAUCUAUGUGUAUCAACCUUUAAGUUAUUGAAGUUCAAAACUCGUAUCCUAGUAAUAAUGACGGCAACAACUACUAUGACAUUUAUUUGUCAAUCGAAAAAUGGUCCCUCCAGCAUUGAGAAAAUUAAUUUCAAGACUCCUAAUGAAACUCCCAUCCUUCCUGUUUCCCAACUACAGGGUAGCAAUGGGACAACAGCCACAGGAAAUCAACAGCAACAGAAAUUGCAGCUUUGAAUCUUUCAAACAUUUUCUGGCAAAAUUGAUAAAGAGGAAGAAAUCAGUUGAAGUUUCCAAUCCACGAUUAGAGCCUGAUGAACCUUGUUUAUCGCCUAUUCUGUCUUGGGCUGACGAAGUUGAAAAGGAACGUCAAGAUUUUUUAACAAAUGAUGGAUUUGAACUUGAUGAUGCUUCACCUUUGAAGAGAAUUACUGUGGCUGAGAUAACGGCAGUUGAGCUAAAGCCUAUUUCAACAAUGCCAGAAACACCAACAAAAAACUAUCUAGAAGAAGUUUGAUGUUUGAUUUUUUUAGUUAGCAAAUAUUAUAUUAUAGAUUUAAUUAGAAUAAACUUUUCCUUAUUAAAACAA